AGCUGCUAUACAAUUACGUAUAAAUCAUUCUAAGAGUCAAAGUAGAGAAAAAUGAAGUCGGUCCCAUUCUCGAUAUUCUUGUCGCUUUUCCUCAUACUGCAGGUGGUCAAUAGCGAAAAGCUAGUUUCUCUGCUAAAAAAAUUUAAUGAACGCACAAAGACUCCGAAAUCAAAAUUCAACUUUCUGCUAAAAAUUACCAAUGAUAUCGAUGUAACUAAGAAAAAUUUGGAAAAAAUACCAACGACAUUUUUUUUGGGGUUAAGUGUGAGCGAAUACAUCUUGAAUAAAGUACCGGAAAACUUACAAAUUGGAGAAAUAGACGCACGCACUGUUUUGCGCGGAAAAUUUAAGGCAGUUAAUGAAGCACAGACAACCACAAUUAAAAAAUUGCUUGUCCAAAUUUGUGCAAGAAUUGCAUUUAAAUCACAAGGUAUACUAGGCCAAAAUAUUGAGAAGUCAUACAAGAAUUGGCUUAAAAAUCCGCUUGAUCCAGAUCAUUUGAAACAAAUCGAUGACGACUAUUCCAAAAUGAAAUCGAAAUUCGAUGAAUGGCAGAACACAUUCAUCGAUGAGAUGCAAGCAGCGGAUGUACUAAGAGAUGAAAUUGGAGCUCAUUUCAACGCAGCAGUCUCCAUAUUCAAAACCUUAUUAAAAGAACCUCAUGAAGCGUCGAAAAUAUCUGAAAAUUACGUUGAUGGUGUUUUAGAUUCAAUACUUAAAAGACAAGCUGAAUUGGUUAAAAGGCUUGGAAUCGCGGCACAUGUUUUACAAAAUUACAACCUCGAAACGAUUAAAUGGACUGAAUUUCUCAUUGGAAUGCGCGCAACGCUUGAGUCAGAUCCAAAACCAGUUGUAGGGAAAAACUCUUUAUCAAGGAUCUUUUCUACGACUUGAAUUAUGAAAAUAAAAAUUAUAAUAUAGGUAUUAUACUAAUUUACAGAAUAUAAUCAAAAGAAAAAAUUUAUGAACACGGCAC